GUUAAGGUACAUUGCACUAAAAGGACAUUCAAUAUGGAAAAGGACUUUGAAAUUAGUGUCACCGUUGAAGACACCGAUCAACUUCUCUCGGGAGCAUGGCUCAAUAUAUCAAUAAUACAAGUUUUUGUUACGGCUUUGAGUGAGUUGUGUAUUCACGAUGAUUGUCACCCCAAUAGUAUUGGAUUCAUGUGCCCGGAGAUGAUCUCGGCCACCAUGUUAAAGUCCGAUGCAGAUCGAAUUCUAUUGUACAUGACGAGGUCCAUGAGUGCACUUAGUUCUAAGACAUUCAUCUUAUGUCCAUACUACGAAAAGAGUCACUGGAUGCUUUUAGUUCUUUGCUUGUCUAAACGUGAGGUCUACAUAUUUGAUUCUCAACAGAAGAAGAGAAAUUUGAUGAUUAAGGAGCCACUAAACAAUGUGCUCAACAACCGGGAUCACUAGAUUGUGGCUACUACGUCAUGCGUUUUAUGUACGACAUAAUAAUGAAUCAUGGUAAUAGUCAAGAUCUUACUAAGGAUUUUUCAAGAACAUUGCCUUAUUCACCGGAGAAGAUUAAUGAGGUGAAAGAUUUUUGGGCAGAUUACUUCAUGAACAAUGUCGAAUUUUUAGCUUAAUUUGUAAUAUGAACUUGAUCUCUAGCUAGC